AUGACCAAGAUUAUUAACAUUGAACAUUGUAAACAAUUUUUAAAACGAAGAUAUUCUGAAAAUAACUCUAUUAUGAUGAGAAUAAGAAUACCAAAUUUUCCAAUUAAGAAGAGGUUGAGAAUUCCCAAAUAGAAAAUUUCAGAAAAAUAAAUUAGUGCUUUUAAACCAUGUAAACCUCAAGAUGGAGUUAAUUUUCCAAAACUAUUCCAGAACGUCAUUAAAAACUAUGAUUUCCAUCAAAAUUACAUCUUGAUUCUAGUAUUUUCAAAGAAAUAGUUUAAGAGAAUGAAAGAAGGAUUACUUAAAUAGUAAAGCGAGGCAAAACAAAUUAUUAAAAUACGUUACUCAUGA